AUGCAGCCGACAGGUCGCGAAAUGCACGGCGGCGCCGCCGGUGGACAGGACGACUUCUUCGACCAGAUGCUGUCUGCGCUGCCGACGGCGUGGGCCGAGCUCGGCUCCGGCAAGUCCCCCUGGGAUCUCCCGGCCGCCGGCGGGGGAAGCGAAGGCGACCCAGCGUUCGACGAGUCCGCGCUCCUCGCCUCCCGCCUCCGCCACCACCAGAUCAGCGGCGGCGCCGCCGCCGCCGGGGGGUUCCUACCUCUGCCGCUGUUCACGGACCGGUCGCGAGAGGACUUGCAGGGAGGUAGCCAUGCGCUGUAUGACGGGUUCGGAGCCGCCGGAAUGCAUGGCGCCACCGCCGCGCACCAGCCAUUCGGGCAGGCCGGAUCAAUGCCGGCGCCACCACCGCCGGCGGCGCAGGGCGGAGCGGCCGCGCCACCGCGGCAACGCCAGCGGGCGAGGAGGGGGCAGGCCACGGACCCUCACAGCAUCGCCGAACGUCUCCGGAGGGAGAGGAUAGCGGAGAGGAUGAAGGCGUUGCAGGAGCUGGUCCCGAACGCCAACAAGACCGACAAGGCAACGAUGCUCGACGAGAUCAUUGAUUAUGUGAAGUUCCUCCAGCUCCAAGUCAAGGUUCUCAGCAUGAGCCGAUUAGGCGGAGCUGCUGCAGUUGCCCCUCUGGUUGCUAGCAUGUCAUCAGAGGGCAACGGAAAUGGAAACGGGACCAGCAGCAGUGGAGACGACAAUGCCACCGACGACAAUGGUGGCAGCACCUUGCAAGCGACGGAGCAGCAAGUAGCAAGGUUGAUGGAGGAGGACAUGGGAAUUGCGAUGCAGUACCUGCAGGGCAAGGGGCUCUGUCUGGUGCCAAUCUCCCUUGCCUCGGUCAUCUCCUCCACGACCUCAUCGUCGCUCCGCUCGAGCAUCCACCCUAUCAGACCCCUACCUGAAGGUGGUAGUCCUGCAUCACCUCAUCUGGUGAACGGUACGGCUGCUGAUGACUCCCUGACCAUCAAGAAUGGUGGUAGACAGUGAAAUCGGACGUCCAUUCUUUCCGGGCACUUCUCAAAGGAUUCAGUAUUCAGAAGGUUGUCUUCUAGGGGUGGGAUCGUUAGCUGCUGCUUCUUUCUCUUCUCCUUACUGUUUGUUCA